AUUUGCAGCGAAAAUAGCCGUGCGUAAUCAAAUCACUGUAAUCCUAUCGUAAAGCCAAAUUUUAUAAACGUAACUUUUUCUGGUAAAGCCAGUGUAUCAAAAUUAUAAAAGUAUAAAACAAUCGCUAUAAUGGAAAUGAAACAAAUCAUACAAACCCAAGAGACCGACAACGGUCCAGUUCGUCUGCCAUUGGAUAACGAAAGCCACUGUUUCGAUGAUUGGACUAUUUCCUAUACCAAGUCACAUAUUCUCAAAAGUGUAUGCACCAACGAUAAUAAAUGCGUAUUUGGGGAACCAAAUUGCUGUGAGCUUUGUGUUUACAACUCGACACUAGAACUGCCUCAUUUGCCGGACAUGGUGUUCCACAAAAAUAUCCUUGUAAUAAGCCAUAAGUGUGGGGCACGCCUAGAGUUCAAUCCGGUGGAUGCACUAAAGUUGGUACGAAACGAGAAGUUAGACCUGAAAGUUGCAUGCUCGGAUGAGUGGAAGGGCAGCAGAGAGUCUGCCGACACACAGGAAAAAAUUAAGCCGUUCGAUUGGUCUUUCACUACGGAAUACACCGGAACGGUUAACGAUAAAUUUCGAGUGGAGAGAACUGACCAAAAAAUUGACAUGUUCAAACUGAUGAAAAGAGAACCGAUUCAUUUCUAUCACGAUUUAACAUUGUUUGAGGAUGAACUGCACGAUCAUGGGAUAUCGGUACUUUCAGUUAAAGUUCGAGUCAUGCCGUCCGGAUUUUAUAUUCUGCAACGAUUUUUCCUUCGUGUUGACCAUGUGCUUAUACGUAUCAACGACACCCGUUUCCAUUACGAAAAAAAUAACGACUUCAUUCUAAGAGAAUAUACUCACCGUGAAGCCAAAGUAGAACAGCUCAAACAUGUUCCACCAGCACUUUUCAUCAGUCCAAAUGAAAUUGCUGAACACUUACCCGUUAUCUCGAAGCGAACCGAAAAAUUAAUUAUCCUUGAAACAGGUUGUCACGCUGAAUAAAGAUCAACCGCAGCUGAUCCUACUAAAUAGUACAGUUUAAUAAACUAAAAAAUAUAA